AUGCCCACAUCAAUGGACGACAACCACGCCAGCGGACGCCCACGUCAACGCACCACCACCACGUCAACGCAUGACGACCACGCCAAUGGACGCCCACGUCAACGCACGACGACGUGCCCCCAACAAUGGGAAACCAAGGUGCCACGUCGCUGUCAGCGACGUGGCAACCAAACGAUGAACGACAACAACGAUGUCGUCGUUCACACAAAGGUGAGUCCCCUGACUCUCCUUCAUCCUAUCCCAUCCCGCUAACAGCCACCAUGACAUGACAUGACGACGACGAGUACAUUGUCCCUCCCCC